AUGGAUGCAUCCACUGUAGUAUACGAGUACGCGUGUGCAGUAGUAUACGAGUACGCGUGUGCAGUGGUAUACGAGUACGCGUGUGCAGUGGUAUACGAGUACGCGUGUGCAGUGGUAUACGAGUACGCGCGUGCAGUGGUAUACGAGUACGCGCGUGCAGUGGUAUACGAGUACGCGCGUGCAGUGGUAUACGAGUACGCGCGUGCAGUGGUAUACGAGUACGCGCGUGCAGUGGUAUACGAGUACGCGCGUGCAGUGGUAUACGAGUACGCGCGUGCAGUGGUAUACGAGUACGCGCGUGCAGUGGUAUACGAGUACGCGUGUGCAGUGGUAUACGAGUACGCGUGUGCAGUGGUAUACGAGUACGCGUGUGCAGUGGUAUACGAGUACGCGUGUGCAGUGGUAUACGAGUACGCGUGUGCAGUAGUAUACGAGUACGCGUGUGCAGUAGUAUACUAG